UCGAGGUGACAGUAAAAGCACACAACUCUUUAAAAUAAAUUAAACAAAAAUAUAGUAACUUAAUUUCUGUAAAGUUUAGUGUAAGUAAAUAUUAAUAUACUUACUUAGUUGAAGAAAAUUUCAAUAACUUUCUAUAGAACCAAAUUUUGUAGAGAUAAAUAUUGCAUAUACUUAUUAAUUAAGUUAAAAGUAAUAAAGUGGUAAGUAAAUAAACAAAGUAACCAAAUAACAUAAAAUUAACAAUUUAAUAAAUAGUUAACUGCUACAUAUUGAACAAUAUUAAACUUUGAAAGUGUAUCCAAAACAUGUUACAGCGUGAUAAAUGACCAUUUGAAAUAAACUAAUGUGAUGAAAAGUUAUGCGUGUACUGUAAUUAUGUGAAAAAGUGGCAGUGAUGUGGCUCCCGGCGCUUCUGUGUAUGCUGACUCAACUAGGCCUGUCGGCCGGCGGCAGCGACACCACGGACCCUGACGCCAUCUUCGCGGUGAACAACGUCACUGCCGCCACAGAUACCAUGGUGCAGCCACACUUCGACAACACCACGAAGAGAGAGUACACCGCGGCAGUCGGUCAGCCGGCGUACUUGCACUGCCGCGUCAAAAACUUGUCUGACAGAUCGGUAUCUUGGAUCCGCAAACGGGACCUCCACAUCCUCACAGUGGGUGUUCACACGUACAGCAGCGACGCGCGUUUCGCAGCACUUCACACUGACGGCUCGGAUGAAUGGACGUUGCGGGUCGCCCACGCUCAACCGCGCGACUCCGGCGGUUACGAGUGUCAAGUGUCUACAGAGCCUAAGAUCAGUUUAUCGUUCUGGCUAACGGUUGUAGUUUCCAAAGCGGAAAUCCUAUCAGGGCCGGAGUUGUUUGUACGCGCCGGGUCCGAUAUUAAUCUUACUUGCAUAGCCAGACACGCGCCAGAUCCUCCGAGUGUUACUUUGUCCAGUUUCAUCUACUGGUACCGUGGCGCCAACGUGGUGAACUACGCACAGCGCGGUGGCAUAAGCGUGGAGACAGAACAGAGGACGCGAACCAGCAGACUUUUGAUAGCACGCGCAUCACCUCGGGACUCGGGGAACUAUACCUGUGCACCUAGUAGUUCUGAUUCUGCAUCGGUGGUCGUACACGUCGUAAGCGGAGAACGCCCAGCAGCGAUGCAAAGCAACGCUAUACAAACAUCAUCAAACUACGCCCUAAUAUUACUAAUAACCCUUAACCUAAGAAAAGAACUAACUGACAUCAUUCUCCAUUCAAUAAUAUCACUAUAUUCAAAUUUCCAAACUAAAUUAAAAUCUUUAUCUAGUUCUACACUCAUAUCCAGAUGACCUGAAAAAGUAAUGUUAUAUGUAAACGCAUAAAAUGCAUGAUGUAAACGAUAGUAAAUAAACUGGGGUAUGAAGAAACGAAUUACUAUAAAAUUAUGUAAUUACCGUCUGAUUAAAUUAGAUAGUAAUGCCACAAAAUUCUUUAAGUUAUAAUUUUCGUAGAACCGAUUUUUCAAUCGCGAAAAUAUAUUUAGCUAGGGAGUAAAUUUGAUGUAGAAUAAUAUAAAUGUACCAAAAAAUCAAAUUAACUCGUUGUUAAAUUUAAUUUGGCGAUUGAAAAAAAGUUUAUCCUAGUUACAGUUCAAGACGAGCGAACAUAAAUGAUGAUACAUUUUAAUCAUGAAUUAAAUAUUAUGUAUAUUCAAUUAAGACAACAUUGUCGGUAUAAAUUGCUAUACCAAAACGUAUUUCCCACGGACAAAAUAAAAUUGAGCCCAUACUAAGUGCAAUAUAAACAACCAAAUGUGUCGCAAUUUACAUUUAAACCAACAUAUUUAGUUUAUCAAAUUAAAGUAAACAUUUAGUUAACAAUAGUUUUAAUCAUAAAUGUAAAAUAGGUGUAUUGUUUGCAUCAGUUUGUUAAGGCCCAUAUACACGGUAGGCAAGCGUAUUGAGCAACGCACUCAGGCAAAAAUAAGAACAUAGAGCCAAAAAUGGAUGUUAAAAAGUAAUAUCGAAUUCCUACUGUCAUAUUUUUUUUUUUCGAAUAUUUAUUUGAACAAAAAAUUCUAAGACUAUCCAAUCGCUAAAUAUUGUAUCGCCAGAUUAUAUAGGACAUACCUAAUAUUAUUUUAACCAAUAACCAAUGGUUUAGUAGAGAAGAUCUAAAAGCUGUUUUGAGUUUACCUGAAUAUAAGA